AUGCCAAUUGACAAAUCCAAGAUUGACUGGUCCCUCUACCUCGUCACAGACCCGGACAUGAUCCCUGAGGGUUCAGAUAUCUACACCCAUGUCCGGGAAGCCAUCAAAGGCGGCUGUACCGUCGUCCAACUCCGAGAAAAAAAGACUGACACUGGGCUCUUCGUCGAGAAGGCCAAGAAACUACUCGAGAUCACUCGGGAAUAUAAUGUCCCUCUGUUGAUCAACGACCGUGUCGACGUUGUCCUUGCAUCUGGCGCAGACGGAAUCCACGUCGGGCAAGACGAUAUGGACCUCAAGGAUGUAAGAAGGUUACUUGGGCCUGAUGCAAUCAUUGGUAUUUCUGUCGGCUCUAUAAAAGAAGCAAAAGUUGGUAUCGCAGGCCGCGCAGAUUACUUUGGCCUUGGCCCAAUCUGGGACACAAACACCAAGAAACUCACAAAACCCCUCGUCGGAACAAUGGGCGCCCGGACAGUUCUUUCCUACAUCGAACAAAAUGCUGGGUAUGAGAUUCCAUGUGUCGCGAUCGGUGGGAUUAAGGACUACAAUAUCCAGCGCCUUUUUUUCCAGAGUCGCACGGGGACAAAGUCAAUUUCAGGUAUUGCCAUUGUGUCAGCGAUCAUGGCCUCUACAACCCCAUACGACGCCGCCAAAUCCCUUCUCACGUCCAUCAAGACCCCCGCCCCAUUCAUCCCCUCUCCUCCUUCCCCCUCCCUCCUCCACCCUGGCGACGCCCUCAUCACCAAGAUCACCCAGAUCAUCACACAAAUUGGCAAGAAGGGUCCACUCGUCCACCACAUGACCAACAACGUCGCCAAAAACCUCCAAGCGAACGCAUCCCUCGCCAUCGGCGCCUCCCCAAUCAUGUCCGAAAACGCCCUGGAAGCUGCCGACCUCGCAAAGAUCAACGGCGCCUUGUUGCUCAACAUCGGUACCGCACACCCUGAAUCCCCCGUCGCCAUGCUCGAGGCUCUACGAAUUGCAAACACCGCCGGGACUCCUGUUUUGUUGGAUCCAGUGGGUGCUGGAGCGACGCAGUUUAGGAAAGAUACCGUGGCGGGGUUUUUGGCGGGUGGGUAUUGCGACAUUAUCAAAGGCAACGAAGCCGAAAUCCGCGCCCUCCUCGGCCUCUCUGCACAUGCCCGCGGCGUAGACAGCCUCCACUCCUCCUCCUCCGCCUCCCGUGCGGAACUCGCUUCCACCCUCGCCCGUCGGGAACAGAACACGGUUGUCGUGAGUGGGGCCGUGGAUGUCGUGUCAGAUGGUGAACGAACAUUUUGUGUGAGCAACGGGGAUGCGAUGUUGGGUUUUAUUACGGGGUCGGGGUGUACGCUUGGGACGGUUAUUGCUACUUGUGCGGCUGUUGAGGAGGAUAAGUGUGUUGCGGCGGUGGCGGGGUGUGUUGUUUAUGGUAUUGCUGCGGAACGUGCGGUGAAGAGGGAUGAUGUCAAGGGACCAGGGACGUUUCAGACGGCGCUCGUGGAUGAGAUUUGGAGGAUUAGGGGGGAGUGUGGGGAGGGUAACCUCGAUUGGGUCAAGGGAGCGAAGGUUACCUCUGCGUAA